AUGAUUGGUUUUAAUGUGGUGGAUUGUGAGGGUGACAGCGGGGACGACAGCAUUGUGGUAUAUUAUGAGUCGGAGUUUGAUGUCCCCGUCCCUGAGUGGACCACUGUGGAUGAAGCCAUUGAAUCUCUGGAGCCUCCAGCAGAAAGUGAAUGGGGCCAACAGGGACAAGGACUGCUGAAACCCAGUGACACCCUGAACAUCAGCAGCAUCAUCUCACAAGAGAGGAAGUUCUUCAACAUCCAUGUCAGGAAUCGUGGAAUUGUGCAUUCUCCGGGGUUUCCAGACUAUCUUUAUCCUCCAAAUGCCAACUUGCAGUGGAGGCUUCGGGCGGAACCUGGCCACCGAGUUAGGCUCGACUUUCACACUCUGAUCUUGGAGGACGACUGUCAGCGCGACUUCAUCAAAGCCUAUGAUUCGCUGGCUCCCAUAGAGAAACGUGCUCUGACAGAACAGUGUGGGAAUCCUCAAAAGUCAUUGUCCUUCUUCUCUUCUGGAAACGUCAUGUUACUGACGCUGGUCACAAAUGAGAAGAAAAACUUCCCUGGUUUCGAAGCAAGCUACUCCCAGAUUCCUUCGGCCAAACCAACUUGCCCGGGAAGAUUCAAGUGCAACAAUAACAAGUGCGUGAGCAAUACUUCUCAAUGUGACGGCUGGGACGAUUGUGGUGACAACAGCGAUGAAAUCAACUGCACUUGUCCGGGAAAGUUCCAGUGCAACAACAACAAGUGCGUCAUCAAGAGUUUUCAGUGUGACGGCUGGGACGAUUGUGGUGACAACAGUGAUGAAAUCAGCUGCACUUGUCCGGGAAAGUUCCAGUGCAACAACAACAAGUGCGUCAUCAAGAGUUUUCAGUGUGACGGCUGGGACGAUUGUGGUGACAACAGCGAUGAAAUCAGCUGCACUUGCCCGGGAAGAUUCAAGUGCAACAAUAACAAGUGCAUCAGCAAUACUUCUCAAUGUGACGGCUGGGACGAUUGUGGUGACAACAGCGAUGAAAUCAACUGCACUUGUCCGGGAAAGUUCCAGUGCAACAACAACAAGUGCGUCAUCAAGAGUUUUCAGUGUGACGGCUGGGACGAUUGUGGUGACAACAGCGAUGAAAUCAGCUGCACUUGCCCGGGAAGAUUCAAGUGCAACAAUAACAAGUGCAUCAGCAAUACUUCUCAAUGUGACGGCUGGGACGAUUGUGGUGACAACAGCGAUGAAAUCAACUGCAGUGAGUCCAUCAAACUGGUGUGCUCAGCAUUCACCUUCCACUGCAGUAAUGGACUCUGCAUCAGUAAACUGAACCCAGAGUGUGAUGGAGAGCAGGACUGUGAGGACGGCUCUGACGAGGCUAACUGUGAUUGCGGUACGAGUUUGUACAGUAGCACUCGUAUUGUGGGAGGUCAGGGAGCUAAUGUGGGUGAGUGGCCCUGGCAGGUGAGCCUCCACUUCAAGGGGCUAGGACACAUGUGUGGAGCCUCUGUGCUGAGUGACCGCUGGCUGCUGACUGCUGCCCACUGCGUCCGAGACAGUACUGUUUACAAGCUGUCUCAGGCCGACAAAUGGGAGGUUUUCCUGGGAUUGCAAGUGCAGAACCAGACCAAUGAGUGGACAGUAAAGAGGGGUGUGAAGCAGAUCAUCGCUCACAGGUACUACAACAGAUACACUGAAGACAGUGACAUUGCGUUGAUGGAGCUGGACACCAGAGUCAGCCUAACCCAGCACAUCAGACCCAUCUGCCUGCCUUCCUCCACCUACUACUUCCCAUCAGGCCAAGAGGCUUGGAUCACCGGCUGGGGGACUACCCUGCAGGGAGAUGCCGAGACGGCCAUCCUCCAGAAGGCGGAAGUUAAGAUCAUCAACAGCUGGCUGUGUAAUAUUCUACUGAAUUACAGGGUCACAGGUAACAUGCUGUGUGCUGGAGUCCUUUCAGGAGGCGUGGACACCUGUAAGGGUGACUCCGGCGGGCCCCUGUCUGUCGCCAACUCCCGCGGGCGGUUUUUCCUGGCAGGUGUGACGAGCUGGGGCAAAGGCUGCGCUCGCAUAUACGCACCCGGCGUCUACACUCGGGUUACCAAAUACCGCAGCUGGAUAAAACAGAAGACUGGAGUGUAG